AUGAUUAUUUAUAACGGGGCCAAGUAUUCAUGCUCCUCUUGUAUUAGAGGUCAUCGUUCAUCGACCUGUAGACAUACCAAGAGAAUGCUAGUUAAAGUGAGAACUAGAGGAAGACCAUCACCUAUUGAUAUACGAGAUGUGAUUAUGGUUGAUAUGGAUUCACAAAUGAAGAAUAAAUUAUUACAGGAGAGUUAUGAUUUAGCCAACAAACAUAAUAAGGAAGCCUGUGGAGAGUCUAAUGCCAAAAAUAGUGAAACAAACGGAGGGAAAGUUGGUUGUUCCAAUAACAAGAUGAUGACCGCUCAACCUAUUCUAUUUGUUAGAGCCAAACAAACGAAGAAAGCCAUGCUUGUAGAUGGGAAAUUAAAUAUUAUUAUGGAAGACAAGCCUACAGGUCAAAAAGUAACAGAUACUUCCUCUAAGGGUCAUGUUGAAGCUGCACAUGAUUCCAGAUCAACGUCACUGGAAACUGAUGAUAAUGAUACGGGAUUGAAUGAUACUGAAAAGGCUAGAAAGAAACUGGACUCAAUGGUGUAUAUGUCUGAGAGGGACUAUUUAUCAAAGCAUGGUAAUGAGAGACAUGUUAUAAGUGAUCCGCCUAAGUCAGGAACUACUUCUACAUCUAUGGCAUCCGCUGUUCCUGUUAAGAGAGAGGCUAAUGAUGUUUAUAUAGAUAAUGAAAGUAAAAGAAAAUGUUGUGAUCCUAACCAUAUAAGACAUUUACCUGAUAUUUUGUCGGACGAAGAGAUACGGAUGCAAGAGUCAUUAUUUGGUAAUAUAUUAAACACAGAUGGUCGACUAAAUGUAACAUCACCAGUUUCAAGUAUUGGAACAACAAAUACUUCUAAUAACACGCCUUCUAUGACUGGUAGUGAACUCUUCACAGAUAUAUUUGAUCCAAAGAACGAUACAGUCGAUGUUUUCACACACAAAGGUAUCUAUUUAAGUGCAGAUUGUUCUUGCGCAGAUGAUCAAUGUCAAUGUUUGAACUGUUUGAUACAUAGAAAUGAAGAUGAACUAACGUCGUAUAUUCAAAAGAGUGGUGUGCCGUUAACCAGUUUACACGGUUCGGAUGUUGAAGCGGAUAAUAUAGAGGAGAAGCCUACUACAUGUAGUAAUUCAACAUGUAAUUGUACCCUAACAGAUUGUAAUUGUGCGGAUUGUUUUGUUCAUCCUACAGAGAUAAUACCGUUUGAGAAAUUUUAUUUCCAUGGUAUAUUAAAUUGUAAAUUGAGAAGAAAAACAAUAAUAAAAUAUAAUAAUAAAUUAAUACCAUCUGAAUAUUGGUGGAAUUUCCUUGUUGUGAAGGUUCCAACUAUGUCUGAUAUGGAAUUAGAGGCUAUUGACAUGAAGAAUUGGUUUGAUAAAUUAUUAAGUAGUUAUCAGAAUGAAUUAUUAGAUGCACAUACCGAUGAUUUCCCAUUUAAUGAUUUGGAAGGGUUUUACGUGAUUUAA